AUGUGCGACGAUGCACACUAUGGAUCCUGAAGGUGAAGAUCUAGCGUAUCACCUUUCGAACUUUGAAGAAUCUGCUGAUACUAAAUAUGCAUAUAAAUACGACUUAAAAACAACAAGAGUGACUAUCUAGUUGUUCUGUGAGUCUGUAGUUCGAUUGUUUGAUUACGUUUUGUCGACCUUAACCUGAAACACAAAAUAAUAGCAUAUAACAUUAAUAUUAGACAUGGAAAAUACAAAGGUGGAUGCUACUGUCGAUAAAAGUAAAAUGACAUCAUUUCGAUGUUUAAUUGCAUAUUGGAUUCUCGGACUCUGUAAUAAUUAUGGAUAUGUAGUUAUGCUCACAGCAGCAAAUGAUAUAAUAAAAGAGUAUUCCACUUCUACAGAAGAAAAAAAUUAUGAACGAAAUUGUACAUAUUUAUCAACUGGGGCCAUAUUAUUGGCUGAUGUUUUGCCAGCAUUAUUAAUAAAGGCUCUGGCACCUUUCAUACCAUUUUUUGUACAUAUCAGAGUAGCUAUCUGUGUUCUUAUAUCAGCUGGAGGAUUUCUACUAGUAGCAUUUAGUAAUUCAAUGGAAAUAGCCAUAUUAGGAGUGGCUUUAACAUCACUAGUUUCAGGUCUAGGCGAAGUUACAUUUCUUCAAUAUAGUUCAUUCUAUCAUAAAAAUGUAGUGUCCACAUGGAGUUCAGGCACUGGUGGCGCCGGAGUAAUAGGUGCUAUCUCAUAUUCUCUUCUACACUACAUUGGAAUGAGAUUAGCUUUGAAAAUAAUGAUAAUCAUUCCAAUUAUCAUGGGUCUAACAUUUUGGAUUUUACUACCAAAACCUUUUGGAGAAAACAUUUUGGAGGUACAGAAGGAGGUUAACACUCUUGAACUGAAAAGUCCUAGGGAAGCUAUAAAAUAUAAAUUAAAAUUAAUUCCGGGUUUAUUAAAAUAUAUUAUUCCUUUUUCAUUGGUAUAUUUAUUUGAGUAUUUCAUAAAUCAAGGAACGUUCGAACUGAUUGACUUUCGGAAUAGUUUUGUUGACCAAAAUGAACAAUACAGAUGGCUGCAAGUGUCUUAUCAAGUAGGAGUUUUAAUUUCCAGGUCUUCUGUAAAUUGCGUACAUAUAAGACAUAUCUGGAUUUUAAGUGUACUACAGUUAAUUAAUGUGAUAAUUUAUACAACAGAAGUUAUAUAUUUCUACAUACCUAAUUUUAUUAUAAUGAUUGUAUUAACCAUAUGGGAAGGACUCCUUGGUGGAUCAGCGUAUGUAAAUACAUAUUAUACAAUUUCCAGUGAGGUCAAUGAAAAGGAUAAGCAAUUUUCUUUAGCAAUUACUGGUUUUGGAGACAGUAUUGGAAUUACUUUAGCGGGUGUUUUAUCUAUGAUAGUACAUAAUAAAAUAUGCGAUUUACCAGUACCAGAAAACAUUCCUUAAAUUAAUAUUUUUUAAUUUUAUAUGUAAAAUAAUAUAAUAAAUUUAAUUAUUAUUAAA